CCCCACUUCUUCAGGUGGACUCGAACUGCGCUGUUCACAGCAGUCACAAACAAACCCUCAUCUCUGGGAACUCCUGCACGCACUAGAUAGCCGUUACUUGAUUCCCAUACCAGUCGCUUCUUUCGGUCUCGUUAAUGGCGACACCGUGAAAAAAUUUUCUUUUUUGAUUUGAAAGAAAAAGAGAAAUCAGAAGUUAUUUUAACAAUCUAUUGAUAAAGUUUUGAGAAGUCUUGCUGGCGAGAUGAAUUCGUUGACAGUGAGACCUUCCUUCAUUUGUCAACCACGUUCGUCUUCAACGAUUCUGGGUUCGUGCCGGCCUAAAAAAUUGUUCAGUUUAGUCCGUUUCCCGAGAAAGUCCGGGACAAACAAGGGAAGAUUGGCUUCAAGAAUUGAAGCUUACGAUUCUUCUUCAAAAAACGACGCAACGAAUAGCAACGGCUCUUCUAAUGAUUCAAAUUCAAAACCUCCCAACGGUUCUCUGCCUCCGAAGAGCAGAAGAGAUAUUCUAUUGGAGUAUGUGAAAAAUGUUCAACCAGAAUUCAUGGAGCUAUUUGUGAAGAGGGCUCCCCAACAGGUAGUUGAUGCAAUGCGACAAACGGUUACAAAUAUGAUAGGAACGCUACCUCCACAAUUUUUCGCUGUAACAGUCACCACUGUUGCUGAGAAUCUUGCACAGCUCAUGUACAGUGUAAUGAUGACUGGUUAUAUGUUUAAGAAUGCACAGUACAGAUUGGAAUUGCAACAGAGUUUGGAGCAAGUCGCUCUUCCAGAGGUGCAAGAUAAAGAGAAGCCAGAUUAUGCACCUGGUACGCAAAAGAAUGUUUCUGGUGAAGUUAUAAGGUGGAAUAAUGUUUCUGGUCCAGAGAAAAUUGAUGCUAAAAAGUACAUUGAGUUACUUGAAGGAGAGAUUGAGGAGUUGAAUCGUCAAGUAGGCAGAAUCUCUGCUAAUGGUUCAAAUGAGUUGUUAGACUAUCUUAAGUCUCUUGAGCCUCAGAAUCUUAAGGAGUUGACCAGUAGCGCUGGAGAGGAUGUUGUGCUUGCUAUGAACACAUUCAUUAAGCGUCUUUUGGCUGUUUCAGAUCCUAGCCAAAUGAAGACAACUGUGACUGAAACCAGUGCGCCAGAACUUGCCAAGCUGCUAUAUUGGCUGAUGGUUGUUGGGUACAGUAUCCGCAACAUUGAAGUCCGAUUUGACAUGGAACGAGUUCUCGGCACUCCUCCAAAGCUUGCAGAGUUACCUCCUGGGGAAAACAUUUAGACACUGAUGCGAGAUAGCAAAUGCUGAAAAUGAUAUUAUCAUAAACUGGAGGGCAGCUCACUUUUUGCAUUCUCAUGGUUGGCAGUGUAGGAAUAGCGAAAAUUAUUGGUUAAACUUGUAAUGGAAAGCAAAUGAUUGAUUUUGAGAUGAUGCCAAGUAAUUCUCUUAUUCAAUGUAUCAUCAUGGAAAUACCCUCUUAAACAUUGAUUUUUAACUAUCGAAAGAGCGUAACAGUUCAUGGA